UUUUUUGUUUUUCGGUCAGAGAUCUAUGCCGCCUUUUAGAAUUUACCCGUGCAAAAGCUGUCGUAAUGGACCUUUCUUCGUUUACUAUUUCACGUCUUUUUCCUUGAGCUUCGAUGGUACAGAAGUGAUGGGAUGACUCAAAAUGCGACGGCCGUUGACUCGAUUGCAAGAGAGAAAAUAUUGAUCUUUUUAAGUUUCCUCUCAAUCUAUACUCAUCAGAGAUCAAUACUCGUGCAAUUAUAGAAUACAACUUUUUUUAUGGGGAUUUGCUGGAGUCGCAUUGCUGGUAAGUCCAAUCCAGGCCCAGCAUCUAUCCCUUCGGCUCCACCUCCAGUUACACACCCAAUCCCAGACUCAGACCCUCUCCCAAGUAGCAUCGGCCAUCUCAUUGAUGGGGAUACAUCUUUUCUGGGUAGCAAUGUCUCUGGCACCAGCUGGUUCUCCAUGUUGACCACCAAUUUUUCAGCACGGCUAUCUCAAGCGAGUGGCAAGAUUGCAGCAAUCUGGGGAAACAAUGCCACCGAGGAAAAUGAAUUCCCAGCUGCAAUGGAAGAUGAAAAUCUUCCUGAUGUAGGAACUUCACCAGAUUCACAGUUGAGAUCUUUCACCUUUGCCCAAUUGAAAUCUGCAACCUUUAAUUUUAGAAAUGAUAUGGUUCUGGGAAGAGGAGGUUUUGGAAGCGUGUAUAAGGGCUGGAUCAAGGAGACCACUUCUCAAGGUGUCAAGAAACGACCCAUUGCUGUUAAGAGAUUGGACGCAAAUAGCAAGCAAGGAUUUCGACAAUGGCGAACAGAGGUUGGUUUCUUAGGAAGGCUGUCUCAUCCAAACAUUGUAAAGCUGGUUGGAUACUGCAAGGAAAAUGAAAAUUUCCUCAUUGUAUAUGAAUUCAUGCAAAAAGGCAGCUUGAAUUACUAUUUGUUUGCAAAUAGCUCAAAUCGGCUGCUUUCAUGGGAAACAAGGGUUAAUAUUAUGAUAGGAAUGGCACGAGGUCUGGCUUACUUGCAUAUGAUGGAGAAGCCAAUAAUUUACAGAGAUUUCAAGUCCUCGAAUGUACUGCUUGAUCAGUCUUAUACUGCAAAAAUAUCAGAUUUUGGCUUGGCUAAGUGGGGACCUACAGCUGGUAAUUCAUCUGUAACAGGACACGUUAUGGGUACAGUUGGUUAUGCUGCUCCUGAGUAUGUUGCCACAGGAAACUUGUAUGUAAAGAGCGAUGUGUAUAGUUUUGGCGUUGUAUUGAUCGAGAUGCUAACAGGCUUGCGGGCAAUCGAUAAAAAACGACCGCCUUGGGAACAAAACCUGUUGGAGUGGGUUAAACCAGCUUUAGUUAAUAAAAGAAGGUUGAGAAGCAUAAUGGACAGUAGAUUGGAGGGAAAAUAUUCUGCCAAAGAAGCUGAACAAAUUGCUCAGCUUGCCGUUAGGUGUCUUAAUCCUGGACCCACGUCUCGGCCAUCAAUGAAAGAGGUUGAAGAGACAUUGCAACAUGUUGGAGAACGAUAUGCAAUUGAUGAAGCAUAAAAUUCAUUUAGAUUCAUAUAAAAUAAUAAAUUUAUUUAAGUUUUAUAUAUUUGUUUAUGUUAAUAAGGAAUUUCAAUUCAAUAAAAGGUUUUUUUUUUUUUU